AUGUGGUGUCCGUCAUGUCGCCAGUUCACUCCUAAGCUUGCUAGGUUCUACAAGGCACUCAAGGAGGCCGGCAAAAAUUUUGAAAUAGUCCUCGUGUCGCGAGAUCGUGAAGACGAAGAUCUAAAGGAAUAUCUUACGGAGCAUUGUGGUGGCUGGCUAGCAAUUCCUUUUGGUGAUGAGAGAAUACAGGAGUACCUAGCAAAGUACGAAGUGCCAACGAUUCCUGCUCUCAAGGUGCUGAACACUGACGGCUCCAUCUUGAUCGCUGACGCUCGCAAUCAAGUUCAAGAGAAGGGAGGGGACGAUCCAGUCGAACUCUUUGAGGAAUGGACAAAGCAACUCGACGGAUGA